AUACAUGUCGUGUUGGUAUGUGUUAUGACGUGAUUUACCGGUUUGUGGCCGGAAGGGGUUCGCUUUGCCCACAAGCAAGAUGGCCGCUAAACAACUAAAUCACGUGACACCUGCAGCUCGUUACUGAACAUCCAACUUCCGGCUACGCAUGCGCAAUAUUUCCACUGCCUGGGGACCAUGGCGUUGAGGGCCUGUGGUCUGAUCAUCUUCAGAAGAAUCGCAGAGGCGUCUGUAAGUGAUAUUGAGUUCCUUCUCCUUCAGACGUCCUAUGGAAUACAUCACUGGACCCCUCCCAAAGGCCAUGUUGACCCCGGAGAAGAUGACAUGACCACAGCGUUACGUGAGACAGAGGAGGAGGCCGGACUGCAGCCCGGCCAGUUCCAUAUUAUGGAUGGCUUCAGGAAGGAAUUAAAUUACGAGGUCAACAACAAGCCAAAGACAGUCAUCUACUGGCUGGGCGAACUAAAAGAUCGGAACGCGCAGGUGAAGCUCUCGAAUGAGCACCAGGAUUAUCGCUGGCUGCGGCUGCAGGAGGCGUGUAGCCACGUCGGCUACCAGGACAUGCAGAAUACACUAAAUGAGGCUUAUCAGUUCCUGCAGGGACCGACCAAACCUUGAUGCUGCAUUAAUAGUCUUACCUCAACUGCUCCUGUUUUUUGUCUUGUAUUUUUACACUAAUGUAACAAUAAAAAGAGGGAGAAGAAGAA